AUUAAUUCGAGAUUUUUGUUUUUCGUAGUGUAAUUAAAGAAUAAGAUCAGUCGCUUAAUAUUUGAUGAACGAAUGAUUCUCCAGCCAGCAUGGGAAAAGUGCGGAAAAUUAAAAAUGGGCCGACUCCUACUGGCGGUAACUAUACGACAUGGGACGCGGCGUCGACGCAGCUCCUGCUGAAUUCGUGGGAGGAGAACGUUAGGGAAUGGCGCGGUUCAACAGCAACAACAAAUGUACAAAUGUACAGGAAAAUUGCCAGCAAAUUGUCCAAAUAUCACGGUGAAAUUAAAACCAAAGUUGAUAAUAUGAAAAGGAAAUAUAGAAUCGAACUGACAAAAAUUGACAAAACUGGGGAACCAUCUUCUUGGGUAUAUUUCAAACAAAUGGAAAUUAUAUUAAAAGAUUCAAUAUCAUUCAACCUGCCACAGGAUGACAAUUUUGAUUUUUCCCCUUGGGAUGAUGAUUCGGACAGCAGUAGGCAUUCAGAUUUCUGGACAAACAACUAUAAUGAACAACCAAAAAUCCAAACCACUAAAAAAGAUGAUUCUGUAACAAGUGAUUCAGAUUUGGAUUUGGACAAUGAACACUCAAAUAUCUAUAUAACAGAGACUGAAACCAAUCAUACACCUGAUAUAGAUGAUUCAGUGAAAUUAGAUUUGGAUUUCUCAACAAAUUCAGAUGCACCAGAACUUUAUAUCGAUGUUGAAGCCAAAUCAGUUGAUAUUUUGGCAAUAGAAGAGGCAAAGCUGGCUAUUCAGAAGGAGAAACUAAAAAUUUUGAAAAGUGUGGCUGAUGAAUUAUCGUCAAUUCACAGAGAGUUUCUUAAAGUCUAUAAACAUAAGUAAAUGGCCUUAAAGCAAACAAUUUGGCAUAAAUCCAGUAGAGAAUUUCCUCGGGUUUUUCAAUCUUUCACCCUACGAUUAAACUUUAAUAAAACUGGCUGGGAUAUUACAAUUAAAAAAGGUUAUGCAAAAGUAAUCUUAAUUUUACUCUUAUGUUAA